ACGAUAUCUCGACCUCUGGAGAGCGAGAACAAUCGUCUCCCUCGGUGUUUCCUCCGCGAUGUAAUCGAGCAGAUGACCGAGAGGCCGAGUACAUGAGGAAAAAAAGUCGACGUGUUUGCACAUGCGAAUAAGCGGAUUUAAUCACUUUUGCAAAGAAAACAGAUAUGAAUGUAUAACAAUAGACCACGAAAGGGGAAAAUUGAGUUUUUCCAAGAGGUAUCGAGCGAACAGUGUUCUUUUCUUUCGGCUCGUCCUUCGAUUAUCUUGCUCGAAGAGAAUUUAUUACGAGUAGUGCCGAACGCGACAUUCCGGCGAUUUCUGAUUUCCGUGUGCCUAUCGAUCGCGCUUCCGAUGCGCGACGAACAAAGCGAGUUUUGUACCUUUAUAGUUUUGAUGCAGUUCCGGUGUCAAUUGUACGUCAAUGAUACAUCACGUUGAGAGCUAAGUCUGUAUGUACGAAUAAAGGUGUAUAUUAAGUUCCGCGAUGUGGUCUUUCUUCUCGAGAGAUCCUGCCAAGGAUUUUCCAUAUGAAAUUGGAGAACCCAUCCCAGGCUUGGAAAAUAAAAGUAUCUGGACGAUACAUAGAGCUAAAAGAAAGGGUACCACAACAGGUGAGGAUGUCUCGGUUUUUGUCUUUGAUGUUAAAAACGGAGGGGAACAACAGUUGGACAUUGCUCGUUCAGCAGUCAAGAGGCUCAAAACACUCAGACACCCAAGUAUACUUGCAUACCUCGACAGCCUCGAGACUGAUAAAAUGGUUUAUUUAGCUACAGAACGUGUUGAACCAUUGUAUAAUCGUUUGACACAGAAAUGCAACUCUGAAAAUGAAUCCAAAAAGGAGUUGUACUUUUCCUGGGGUAUAUUUCAAAUCACAAGGGCACUUAACUUCUUAAAUAACGAUGGGAAUUUACGACAUAAUAAUGUGAAUCUGUGGACAGUUUUUGUUAACGAAGAGAGUGGUGAAUGGAAACUUGGUGGGGUUGAAUACAUGACAGCUGUGGACACGCUGUAUAAUCUAUUACCUGCUACUUUCCAAGUGUAUCAACCACCAGAAGCUAAAGAGAAUAUGAAACCGGCAACUAAAUGCUCAGUCGAUAUGUGGGGACUUGGCUGUCUCAUCUGGGAAACAUAUAAUGGUACCCUUAACACCACUUCACAACUUAAAAUCACAGGUCAAAUUCCUAAGCAAAUAACGAUGGUAUAUCGGGAGCUGACAGGAGCUAAUCCAGAAGGAAGACCGAAUCCUGCGGAUGUGAUAGCGCGUUGUCGCAGUAACGGCGGUUUCUUCAAAAACAAUCUAGUCGAUGCUCUGUUAUUCUUAGAGGAAAUUCAGAUGAAGGAGAGGGGCGAGAAAGGACGAUUCUUCUCACAAUUGGCAGCACAGUUGGAUUCGUUUCCCGAUGGCGUUGGCAGAUACAAGAUCCUGCCACAAUUACUAGCUGCUUUCGAAUUCGGAGAUGCUGGAAGUGCCGUGUUACCACCGUUGCUGCAACUGGGAUCUCAAUUACCCGAUGCUGAGUAUCAGCGUCGUGUAGUACCCUGCGUUGUUAAAUUAUUCGCGUCAAAUGAUAGAGCGACAAGAUUACGAUUGUUACAACAAUUAGACCGAUUCGUCGAUCAUUUGCAAUCGGCUACCGUUAACGAAGCUAUUUUUCCUCAGGUAGCAAGGGGCUUUCUCGAUACAAACCCGGCAAUCAGGGAAGAAACGAUAAGAUCGGUCGUACAUUUAGCGCCAAAGUUAGAUUAUAAUAAUCUUAACGUCGAAACUUUAAGAUAUUUUGCGAAACUUCAGUCAAAGGACGAACAAGGCGGUAUUCGCACAAAUACCACAGUUUGCCUUGGAAAAAUUGCUCAACAUCUUCACCCUCAGAUAAGACAGAAGGUAUUGAUUGGCGCGUUUAUCCGUGGAACUCGUGAUUCUUUCCCUCCAGCUAGAAUUGCGAGUAUAUUGGCUCUGGCUGCAACGCAGCAAUAUUUCUUGCUGCAGGAAGUCGCAAAUCGCAUUCUACCAGCUCUGUGUCCACUUACCACGGAUGUGGACAAAGGUGUACGAGACAACGCAUUUCGUAUUAUUAGAGGUUUUUUAUCAAAGCUCGAGACAGUCUCCGAAGAUCCUGGUCUUCGCGAAUCAAUGGAGGCGGAUGUGAAUACGGCGACACCCAGUCUCAGCAACGCCGCAGCGACAUGGGCCGGAUGGGCUGUUACAGCGGUUACAGCGAAAUUUUAUCGCAGCCAGUCAGACACACCGAAAUCGUCAAAUGCUCAUAGCACAUCUAGGAUCUUGUUAAACAAACCUGCUUCCUUAGAACAAGCCAGCAGCUCCCAAAGCAGCGCCAGUACUACUGCCACGACGAGCAGCGCGACAAGUAUGACUUCCCUCGAUCCUGAUCACGAGCACGAUACGCAAAACACGCAAAAUACCAAUUCCGAUUGCGAUUGGGAUUGUUGGGAUGCCGAUAACUGGGGAGACAUGGAGCAGCAAUCUACCACUGCACCGUCGGUGCCAUUAAAUCCAGCCAGUAGUAUAUCGUCAUCCGGCCACUCCCCUAAGGCUAACGAACAGUGGACCAGUCUUGAGGAGGAACCGGAAGAAGAAACAACCCAAGGUGUUCAAGAUAAAAAUGAUUCUUCCGAAGUAGGAUGGGAAGACUCAGAGUUUCAGUCUCUCGAGGAUGUUCAGCCCUUAGAGCAGCCAAACAUUCCUAGCGGAAACAAUAAAUACGAAGAAGCAAGGAGAAAGAGAGAGGAGCGCAAAUUGGCUAGACAAAGGCAGAUGGAAGCGAAACGUGCGGUGAAAUUACGAACCAAUCCAGCAGCAAAGAAGAUUUAAGUAAACCAAGUAAAUGCGCCGUAUGUUAAUCAUUUUAUUGUACAUUAAGCAAAUUAAAUAUUACGAGAAUAAUACAAUGAAAGUAUUUUCUGUAAAUCUUAUCUAAUGUAAGAAAGAAGUUAAUCCAAAAA